CAAGUUGUAAUAGUGAUCUCAUCACUUUAUAAUAAUAAUGCAGGGAGGACACCAGACCAGGAGAACAACCAGAGGCAGAAAGACAGAAAAGAGGAGGAGCGUAUACACUCAUUGUGUCAUUUGUUAGUCUCAAGAACUGAUUUUAUUGUCCACUAGAGAAUCCCUUCUAGGACUGGACUCACAAGAGAAAAAGAGACACAUCUUACAGAGAGAAGAUUUUCUCACAGCAUAUCUUCAACUGCUCAACCAACAUGUCUCACCCAGGUCAGGAAAAAGAUGAACAAAUGCAGUGUCCUGAGGUGAGCAACGAGGACCUGACUGAAACAAUGAACAGACUGGGUAAGAGUGGACCAGCGAAGAGCAAGACAAUCGAAGUGAUGGAGGAGUGCGAGAAACUUGGUAAAGCUGCUCCCUCUGUGUUCAGUGGUGCAAGGUCAGGAGUGGAGACUGUUUUGAACACACGCUCAACUCAACCAAUCAGGAAGUAGCAUUGGACUUCCUGACCAUGGUUGGACAACACUUGUUCCACUUCAGGGGAUUGAGAUCAGUUGUCCUCCAGUUUGUGUUUGGUCAUGGCAUGCUUUGGCACUUUAAGGUGAUAAGAUCCUUAAACAAAUAAUUUCUAUAUACUGGUGAGCAACUUUUUCAUUUUUAAAACCGAUAAUUUUUUUAUUUAACCAUUAGUGCAGUUUCUGUAACUGCAGCAUUCAUUCUACAUUUCAGGUUGCAGUGUUAUAAUCCUGCCUUCAGUAAUUGAUACAAUUGCAUUGGAGACUAGCAAGACAUUUUAUUUCUUGAUAUAAAAAAAAUCUUUUGUAAGAGUUUCACAACAAA